CACUGUUGUCGUCUGCAAAGCACGUGCAGAAAAAUCGGAAUCGUUGUAGCGCUUCAAUGCAAGCACAAUUCAAGAACUAUUGAACAUUGAUUAGCUGUCAAAAUCAUGGACAAUAUUCGACGUUCGAACUCAAAGUUUAAGGAGAAGGAGGAAUACUUUUGCAAGCCUUGCAACUUUUCUUCUCACCGUUUCGGAAAUUUUCGUCGACAUAAUUUGACACGUAAACACCAACAAAAUGAACACAACCCUGAGUUUGAUGGUAAUAUUGGUAUACACCUACAUGAAAAUAAUGAAAUAAACGAUGUUUGCGGUCUUGAAGAUGUUUCAGCUGAACAAGACUCUGUAUCAUGCAACCAACUACACAAGGAAACCUUUUUAGAAAACACAGAAUGUAAUGAGGGGACGGAAUAUCAUCAUGACGGUUCAUUGACGGAAUUCGGCAAUGACGAUACCGACCCUAUAGAAAGUGCAUCUCAUGAUUUUGCCUCAGCAUGGUUUCCAUAUGAAUCGAAACUCCAUUUUCUACUGAGUGUUUUACACAGCUCAAAGACACAUAAAGUGAGUGAUGAGGUACUAUCAUUUGUCCUGUAUAUACUAAAAGACUCCGGUCUGAAACAAGUACCAACACUUGCCAAGAUAAAAUCAUUUUGGUCUGAGAAAUUGAAAUUGGAAGAUAUGAUACAACAGAAUGAAGAUGAAAAUGGCAAUAUACACUGGAUGGUCAAACCAUCUGAAACCCUCAAAUUGAUCAUAUCCAAUCCCAAUACAGCAAAAGUGAUAGACAGACACCCAACGACAGGAUGUACCUCCACACAAACACCUCAGAGUGCUGGAGAAAAAUGGAGGGAAAUGAAAUUCCAUUGGUCUGAUGGUUUUGUAUUGGGGGAUAUUGUAUCCUGUCAGCGGAAUGAAAGGGAGCUGCUUGGGUUGAUUAAAAACCUUUUCUUCAAUGAACAGGAAGGUAAAAUUUAUGUAGAACUUGAAAUGUUGAGACGAGGAAAUCACUCAUACUUUGACAACUUAUUUGAUGAAGAUGAACUAGAAUGCUUGAUCAUAAUGAAUAAAAAGACUAAAGUACCCAUUAAGGAUUGUAAAAGAGAUGCCCUUCCUGAGCAGCCUUUCAAUGCAUACAUUCGUGAAACCGGUGAAGGAAUGGAACACUUCAAUUUAUUGAUGGAAGGGGAGAAAUCAGAAUUCUUUGAAACUAGUCCUCUAUGGAAAGGAACACCCAUUGUAAAACUACCCCUGAACAUAUUUGUUGAUGAUUUAUCAGCCAAUCAAUCAAGAAGAUGGGCACCCAUGCAUGGGAUACAAGCUCAAGCUUCUGGACUACCUCUGACAGAAAAAAUGAGGAACAAGAACACAUUUUUUCUUGCUGCCUCAGAAACAGUCAGCAUGAUGGAUCUGAUGAAACCCAUUUGUGAAGACUUGAGACUUUGUAAAGAGAUAGGGAUGGAUGCUUAUGAUGCUUUGCUGAAAAGGGAAGUAACCCUUACAUCAGAGAUUGAUGCCAUAAUAGCAGAUUACCAAAUGAUGAGUUUGGUUACCAACCACAUGGGACCAUCAGCCUUAAAAUUCUGUCCUAAAUGUCAGGCUGACAAGUCUGACCCAUUUAAAAUGUGGCAGUUGAGAACAGCAACUGGGACUAAAAGAACUUUGGAAAGACUGAAAAUCAAUCCAAGUUGUGCCACACAAAAACAGUCAGGGAUUAAGUUUUAUCAAAACUGUUUAUGGGAGCAUAUUGAUCCACAUAGGGAUAGUCCAAUUGGAAUUCUUCACUUCCUAUACCUGGGUCUGGCAAAGCAUUUGAUUCAGCAUUGUGUUGGAAGUCUCAAUGAAAGGCAAAGAAAUCUCCUGAUUAUUCAUUUGAAGAGUAUAGAUCAGUCAGACUUUUCAUACAAAAUCAAUCCUGAAACUUUUUUCAAGUACCUAGAGAGUAGACAAGGUAAGGAUUAUAAACAUUAUUUACAGAUAGCUCCAUUGAACAUGGAAUAUGCAGGUUUGAAGAGAUCAUAUGUUGCAGCGCUUGAGAAGCUUGCAUUGAUUUCAAAGCAUUUGUAUGACGGAAGAUCCUCGCUAACUACUAUUGCUACAGAAUUUGAAAAUUAUCUAGUCUUUGUAAGAAACCACAUUCCAGUACUUGGGAACAAAAGUAAAACCCAUUUCUGUGUUCACAUGGCAGAUGAUAUGGACAGACAUGGUCACCCCCUUCACUAUGCUGAAGACGUUUUUGAAAAAAAUCAUGGUGCCAUCCGGAGGAGUCUACAACAUCAAAAUGGACAUGCAAAGUCACGUGACACAGUCGUGCAAUUUGCAAAGUCAGAAUUGAUUAAGCAUGUUAUAACUGGGGGAUUCCUUCACUUGAACGAAGAAUGGAAACAGGCUAGCACUUCUGUUAGACGCUAUGGUGAAGACAAGAAAGUUAAAUCUUUCCUUGGGAUCCCUGACCAUGAUGAAGAACACGAAUCUGGACAAUUAAGACACUUUUAUCGCACAAAUUCCAGAAAACCUAUGAACAAUCCAAAUCUUCUGAAUGAGCUGGAAAUGAUAAUGACCUCUGUAGCAUUAGGCUGUGACCUUACUUACGCUGAUGUUAAAGUGUUUGAGUGUAAGGAGGCAGUCACCAACUCUGGACAACGAGCCAAAAUUGGUUCUUUUGUAUCAUAUGAUGAUGGAAAUAAGAUCCAGGUUGGCAUUGUUGAUCGGUUUCUCCUGGUAUGUACAAAGAAACACAGCAAAAUGGAGGUAGCUUUUAUCAAGAAAGGUGAAGUUGUUGACUCAGAUCUCUACAGAAAUCAUCAACUCAUUAAAAUUGAUAGAGAGAUUGAAAUUCUAAGGUCAAAGAGAAUACAAAAUGUUGUCCAUGCCAUUCAUGACUGCAAAGGAGGUCAAUGUAGGAUUGUUAAAGGACGAAGAAAAAGUAGGACCGAGCAACAGAUGGGCGUAUUGAGUGACCUGUAUUUGCAACAUAGUACUCAAAAUAUCUUCAUCUAUAAUAAGUUUAAAUUGUCUAAACUUACAGAUAAACUUCCAGUUUAAAGUGCUUGGAUUCUAGUUACACAUUGAAGUGAUGUCUGUGCAUAAGAACUGAACAUGAUUAUGUCUCUCCUUCCAUUUAAAGACAUAUUGUUUUUGUCAACAUUACUUUACAAGAUGGAAAGCUUUUCUUUAUGACUUUGUGACAUCUUAUCUCAAUUGUGUAAUUUUCAUAUAUUUGAUUUAAGUGAUCAUGGUAAAACAAUAUUUUCAAUAUUG